GAGGAUGUGGUCCUACCAGAGCCGAGUAUGAACGCCGCGUGGCGGAAGCUGCAGAUGUCUCAGCAGAGGGAUGAAGUUCUGGAAGGACUUUCCUUACUUCUCAGCGCUGCCCCGAAGAUUACAAAGUUCAUCUCGGAAUGUCAGUUGGAGCUCCCGCUACAGAAGUAUUCCAGCAAAGUGCGGACCAUGAAGAACAUCCUGGACAGAGCCGUCGUGAAGGCCGAAACAAUAUAUCCGGAUAGAGAACCAAAGACUUUUGCCGCAAGGACUUUAAAACAAUUCUACAGUGUUUACAAGAACUUUUUACAAGGAAAAUAUAGGACUGUUGUUAUUUCCAUUUGCAGUAGUGUUAAGCUCAGAUGA